CUCACGGUUCUUGGCAAAUGUCUCGGGGUCUGCAGAUAGUCCAGCAGUGUCCCAUCCGUAGUCACCUGGGAAUUCACCAGUCAAGUAGGAUGGAGUUUGCUCAGAGAAUGGUCCCAAGUAUUUUGGGCGGUCAGGACCAUACCUGUUUUGUCAUAUGCAGUCAAAGUGUGUCAGGAUAAGCUCAAGCUCUUCAAAGAUCAUCCAGUUUCUGGUCCGAGAUCAGCCGCUGCCUUCUCUUUUGCUCUUCCGAGAUCAAUCUUUCAUUGCUUUGUUCUGUCUCCUCUCUCACUGCUCUACCGCUUCUCUUUCGUCAGACUGGAACCGAGCUCCCUCUUUCAACUGUAGCCCUCUGAUCUCCUUAGUUCCAUGCAUUCAGAACAAGUGGUUUCGAGCAAUUGAUUGCAGGCUCUGUGGCAAGCUUAUGAUAAGAACCUUCUUCUCAUUCUACUUCUCACGCCAAUUUCUACCAAUGGCAAUGAUAAUGAAUUUAACGGGUUCCUUAGAGAAUCAAAGAUCAACUCAAAAUUGGGGGAAACAGAGCCAAAUGGAGUGCAAAUUUCAGCUCUGGAUUAAUAUUGGCAUAUAACAACGCUGCAGCCACUUGCUUGGGAAAACCAGUGAGAGGAUUUAACAUCAAAAAGAGAGUUUUACAAUUUCACAGGCAACAACAGCUUUCCUAUGGACUGGGCGAGACAAAUAUGAAAAAUAUGAAGUCUUUGCAGAAGAUAACCAUUAUGGAUUGAAACAUACCUGAUCCAACAGUUGAUGAGGUAAAGACUACUGGUUAUAAUUAAUCUGCGCUAUAACAACUAUGCAGUUAUAAUUGCAAUCUAAACAUGAGUUUCAUUGAGUUACAGGAUAAAUUGUUCUACUAAACAAUCAUAGUUUUUGUGCCCUUAAGCUUAUUUAUUAAUUUUAAUGAACAAGAAGAGUGAUUUGUAGUUCUGCUGUGGUUUUUAGUUAUUUGGCUUGCUGCCUUUUGCAUUUUUGGUAACUGUUAUCACUUCCAUUAAAUUGGCAAUCUUAUAUCAUCAGUAUAUGUUAUUACUUCUUUUCUGCAUCUAUUAUUUGUUGUUGCUAACUAUUCUACUCUUAGUGUGGCUUAUUAAUGGAUAACUAUUAUGUCUACAUAUCUUCAGGGCAUGGAUUGAUUCCAGAACCAUGUCCAUGGCCAUGAUCAAAUUGAUUUCAGAACCAUGUUCAUAUAACAACAAUUCUGUAUGGUGGGGUUUGACUAGCUUACAGCUAAAAUGGACAACAAUGGUAUUCCUCAUGGGUAGAUUUUAUUAAUUACAGAAGACAAUUUGCCACAAACAUUACUAAAGAUGUUAAAGAUGAAAGAUGAUUGUCUUCUAUAUUUUUCUGUAGCAUCCCUAAAAACAAGCACAGCAGAUGCUAGCACAAUGCACAUGUAUCAAGGUAGAUGUAUAUAUUUUUGUUGUUUGUCAGUAAUUUGCAAUCAACAAGUUUACAAAUCUUUGUAAUUAUAGAAUGAUCGUUAUUAGUUCAUUGAAACAAGAACAUUAUAGUGC